UUUUCCCCAUUUUCCCCGUUUUGCCCCCGUUUCCCCCCAGCCACCGGGGAGUGGCUGCGAUUCUUCGAGGACGCCGGGAUCCCGCCGGGCCCCGCGCUCGGCUACGCCGUCGCCUUCGUGGACAACAGGAUCCACAAGAACAUGCUGCUGGACCUGACCAGGGAGCUGAUGAAGGAGCUGGGCAUCACCGUGGUGGGCGACGUCAUCGCCAUCCUGCGCCACGCCAAGGUGGGCUGAGAUCACCCCAAGCCAAUCAGAGAGCAGCAGAUCCCCCCAGAUCCCCCUGGGAUCUCUCAGGAUCCCUUUCCCAUGUCCAGGGGUCAGGGAGGGGCUGGGAUCAAUCCAGGGGGGUUGGGAGAAGCUGGGAUCACCCCAAACCCAUCAGAGAGCAGCAGAUCCCCCUCGGAUCCCCCCGGAUCCCUGUGGAUCCCUUUGCUGUGUCCAGACAUCAGGGAGGGGCUGGGAUCGAUCUGGGGGGGUGGGAUGGAUCCAGAAGGAUCAGGGAGGGCACCCAAACCAAUCAGAGAGGAGCAGAUCCCCCCAGAUCCCCCGGGAUCCCCCCGGAUCCCCCUGGAUCCCUUCCCCAUGUCCAGGGGUCAGGGAGGGGCUGGGAUCAAUCCAGAGGGGGUGGGAGGAGCUGGGAUCACCCCAAACCAAUCAGAGAGCAGCAGAUCCCCCCGGAUCCCCGGGAUCCCGCGCUCCCUGGCUCCCUCUCCCGCGGCAGGCGGAUCGGCUCCCGCGGCGCCGGCGCUGCCGCCCAAGCGGCGCCGGGUGACGGCCGAGGCCGAGGGCCAGUACGUGAUCUCGCUGCCCAAGGGCGCCGCGGCCCGCGGCCGCCAGAUCCUGCGCCUGCCGCCCGCUCCAGGUACGCCCCGGGGGAUCCCCGGUGGAUCCCGGGGGAUCCCUG